UCAGCUCCGUCCCUCAGGGCUGACCCCGAGCCUCGACCCUCAGUCCCGUUCCUCAGGGCUGAAGCCUCAGGACUGACCCUCAGCCUCAUCCCUCAGUGCUGACCCUCAGCCCGCAAAUUUGGAGAAAUCAAUACAUUGCUGCCUGUUAAGAUUCAGCAAAGAAAUGAAAAGGAGUUUACCUGACACCUCGGCUCGGAGCACAGCAGGUUGUCUGACUGUACCACUGUUCAAUCAGAAAAAAAGGACUAGACAGCCCCUCACUUCAAAUCCACUUAAAAAUGAACCAGGUACUGGUUCUGGGACUCGUAGUUAUGACUUCUCUCCCUCAUCAUUUGGCUGGGGAACUGCAAACCCAGAAGUGGAUGAACUGCAGAAAGCAGCAAACAGUGGCCAAGCAGAACAUCCGAUGGCUCCUUCCCUUAUGAAACCACCAAAUGCAUCAAAGUUUAAUUUAGCAAAUGCUGGAAAAAACUUGUCUGCCUGCAGGAACAGAAAUGAAUAUACUCCUUUAGGUAAAACAGCAAAUUCAAGAUCUGAUAACGGAACUUCUCAGAAGUUUGAGAACUUUUCAAGCAGUUUGAAAACUGUCCAGCAGCAAAAACACCCUGACAGUCGUAACCCAUCCCAGCUCAUCAAAACAGACACAUCCAAAGGACAGUGGCCAGUGAAACCCAACACUGUGGCAAGAAGUCUGCAGGAUCAUAGUCCAGCAUAUAAAUUUAACAACAAUACUCAGCAAAAUAAAAUGAAUGAGAACAAAUUUGGUUGUGUCCCAGAAGAUAAAAGUCAGGAAAUUUCAUCAUCUCAAGUGAAAACUAAAAUAAAAAAGAAUUCUUUGCGAAUCCUGUCUGCAGUCAUUCAAAGUGUGAGGCACUGGAGCCAGUAUACCUAUAAAACUGCACUGUUAUUUGAAGUUUUAGGCACACUGGAUUCUGCAGUCACACCUGGAGCAUAUGGGGCAAAGAACUUUCUUCUGAGAGAUGGAAAGGAGACCCUGCCUUGCGUGUUUUAUGAAAUUAAAGUUCCUGUGGCUGUCAGAGCGACGUGCCAGGACUCUCUUCUUUCUGCAUUUGGAGUUGUACCCAGUCCCUACUCCCUUGGCAGCACAUGAAACACCACCUCACACAGGACAGCACAGGUUUUCUAUUCCCUCCUGAUCACCACUUGAUUCUUCCUUGGUGUCAUUUAAGAUUUACUUAUUACCUUUAUCCUUUUCUUCACAUCAUUUUCAUUUUGUUACACGUUAAAACUGCCUCGUUCAGAUUUCUCCCAGUUAAGCAGCAAAACAUUCAGCCAACAAAGAUUACACUGGAUAGUGUUUAAAAGAAAAAAAAAAAAAGAAAUUUAAAAAAUAAUCUAGGCAGCUGCCUGUCCAGUUGUAGUAUUAGAUGAGAGUGAGUGUGUAAACAGGUUUCUCCUUAUCAGUCCUGCUGCUAUCUGCUGCACACAAACUGCUCAGCCCCACAAAAUCCAAUUUCCAAGAGGUUAGAGGAGGGAACUGUUUGCAGAAACACAGCAAUCGAAAUCUCCAAAGCCACAGCCCUCAUUACACUGACACUGAAGAAAGAAAUGAUGCUUGACGACUCCUGGCACCCAAAACUGACAUUUACUUUUGUGGCUUUGAUUGGAAUCAGCCCAGCUUUGCCAUGGGAAUGUUUCCUCUUGUUUUUCCCUGCUUGUGUGGUGGGUGGGAGAAAGCAGCUGAGCAGUCCUGGGGGGUCUGCAGUGCAGCCUGGCCCUGCAGCACAACCAUCACCUUCUGUUUCCCCAUGAAAAGCUUGGGAACACGCUGGCAGGAGAGACAGGGACACAGCUGCUGCCUCCCGUGGGGUGCCUGUACCAGGCGUGGAGGGACAGGGCCAGGCUGUGUCCAAGGUACAAUUUUGAGCCUUUUCCCAAGUCCUGGAUGUGGCCAGAGGCUGCAGCUCAGUCCUGGAGGAGCUGAGCUCUCCUCUGGCACUGGGGAGGAAGGAGCACAGCAGUAGGAAUGCUGUGGGCUGGACACUGGCCUGGCUGCUGUAGGUGACAGCAGGAAGGAUGCAGCAGCAUCCAGUGGCAGCAGGGAUGGGAGAUGUGGAAGGAAAACAUCCCUGAGCCCUGUCACAAGCAGGAGCUCUUUGUUUAUUCCCAGGUAGAGCGAUCAGGAGCAGCCUGCCCACCUCCCCUCCCACACCUCCUGCAAAGGACUGCUGCCCAGAAGUUCACUGCUUCAGUAAAACUGCAAACUGUGAGCUGAUUAGAUAUUCAUAGAUACUUUCUUGAUUAGCUCACCAUUAAUAUUUCAAUGGCAGAACUGGAUGCAUAGUGCCUCUCUGCUCUCUUCCUUCCUGCUUAAUUAAUUUUGACCAUCACCAACAACGGCCUCCGACAGAUAGCAGAAAUUGAAGUGGGCUCUUCUGUGACUUUGCUUGCUGUAAACAGCUAUUUGCAAUUCCUGUUCAUACAUCACCCACCCGUGACAAAGAGAUCACAGCAGCAGAAAAUGAGUCUCCCUCAUAAGAACAUCAGAGCUCUGAGAGAACAUUUGCUUAUUCAAUAAAAAGAAUCAAAUAGACAAUGCAGUAAGCACAGCUCAGCAACAAGAUUGGUGUCUCACCUAGUAAUCAGCUGGCUGUUAUGCUAUUAAAUAAAAAGAAAGAGAGAGAAUUGUUAAUUUAUCUUUAAAAAGAAAGGGCCUUUGAUGUAGGGUAGCUCAUAAAAGCUGUGGUGUGGCCCAGCUGUGAGGAGAUGUGAUAAUCACUGCAGCCCCAGCAGUGGUAGGAGCAGCACUUCAUAAAAUGCAGGUUGCAUGGCUGCCUGAUGCCCAUCCAUGGCUGAUAGCAGGAUGUGCUGCUAAUAGUCUGUUUGAUUUUAUUGAUGUGCUCAAGAUACACGGGGGCAGGAGGAGCAGUGAGGCAGAAAUUAUACAGCAGUGUUUGUUCCACCCCAGCCCAGGGGACUGUCUGCCUUCAUCCAUCCAUCCUCCUCCUGGGCCUGCAAGGAUGGGGAGCUUUCCUGUGUGACUUUCCUGGUUGUCACCUCCCAGAUCCACAGGCUCCUGACACAACGCACUGGGAUUGCUGUCAAGAUGUGCCUACCUGGGCCAAAGCAGCACUGGAUUUACAGAAACAACAUUUUUGCAUUUCUGUGCUGCCACCCGAGCUGCAAAACAAGUCCUCUGCUGCUGGACAUGCUCUACAUCUCCAUCCAUGGCUGGAAACCAUCUUGUCCCAGCCUCCAGCCUCUCCUUUCCCCGGGAAUACCCUGGGAUGGGGACUCAAAGCAAGCAGGAAGGCAGGAGCAGCAGGUUGGAGCUCAGCUCCAUCCCCCCAUGCCAUAACUCAGGCUGUUAAACGCCUGGCCAGAGCUUGCCAUCUGCUUCCAGUCUUCUAGGAAUAACCACUGAGUAAUUCAAUCAAAAAGGAGAAGAUCCUUGUUUCACUGAAUCGUAAGUCACUCCUCAAGUAAUUAUAAUUUUAUACCCCUAUCAGGAGCAACAGGGGCUGUUCAUUUUAUGGGCUUUAGCAGCCAGAGCUGUGCUUCUGCCAAGGUUACGGCUGGGAGGAGAACCCAAUUUCACAUUUUCUCAGCCAUCCAAGGCUUAUCCAUGUUUUUAGCAUUUUGGUUAAGUGAAUAAAGCCCUGCAGGACCAAGGCCUUUGUUCAGGAGUGCUGUUAUGUAGAACAUAGAAAAUGUACUGGCUUGGACCAGCAGAGCUGACCAAACCAUCAUGAAGCUGAUUCCCUCUGGUGUGAAGAUGCCUUGUCCUUCCAGGGUUCCUGCAGCACAGCAAUAGCUGCCUAACCAGGGAGGGAAAUGCUGCUUAUCCCUCCAGCAGCUGGAGGACACGUGGUGCUGCAUCCCUCACAUGCUGCCCUAGAGAAGGCAGGUGAGGUCAGUCCAGGGGAAAAACCUACCUGCUUGCUCCAUCCAAAGUGCCUGGGAUGCAACUCACAGGGCUCAAAAAACUCAGGGGUCUUCAAAAAGAUCCAUAAAGGAGCCUCUCCUCUUCUCCUUUCUGUUAUGCUGUUUGGGGUGAUUUCUCCACUUAAUUCUGCAGUUUGUGCCCUCUGCCUUAGCCCCACUGUCCUUUCUGGGGUUGAUGCUCCACCUGCUCUUUCACUGCCCCAGGUGUUCAGCCUUUUAAACAGAUUUAUUCCCUUGACUUUGCAAAGGGCUCCACCAUGUUUCCAUCUGUGUUUACACUCGGUACAGGGUAAAUUUCUCCUCUGAGCAGAUCUGUUCCUUACCAGCAAAGGAAUCCAGCUCAGCACAGGCUCAGACAGGAAGGCAGAGCAAAACAUUUCCGAAGCAGAGCUCGCCUGGGAGCUGUGCUACGUGCCCACAGGAGGACAGAGACCUCUGCCAGACUCCCUGCAUUGUCAGGCUGUGCAAAAAGGAAGUGGAUCUGGCCCAGAGCCACUGCUCCUGUGGCUGUUCCCAGGGCUGGUUCCCCAGCUCAGCCAGCAGCACCUCCCAGUUAUCCAGGACACUGAAGCCAAAUCAGAACAAGCAAAGUGGGACUGAAAGUCCCACCAAAGGGUCUGUCCCACAGUCAGCAGGAUUGUAGGAGGUGGAAAGACCCAUUUGUCAGAUCUUCAUUGCUCCUUUCUCAGUGAAAUCCUCUCUCUUUGCACCCCUGCUCCUAAAGCCAGACUGUGGUGCACAGAUGCAAAGUUUUUAAGUGCCUGGGCAAUCUGUGACACAAAAGACAGCCAGCAGCUGCCAGCCAGAUUUAUCACUGUGUUCACCAAGGCUGGGCCAGCCAGGGCCUGUAAUGACCUCCAAGGUGGAUCUACAAUUAGCAUGAGCUUCAUCUAAUUCCAGCCAGACAGGCUUUUUUUGAGACACUGGGGGGCUCACUGCUUUGCCUUAAAUUUGAUGUCAACCUUUAGGUUCUGGGGCAGCAUGUUGGUGAUGGCUUUUCUAUACACUGCCCUGCUCUGUGUCCUGACAUGUCCUGGUCCCUACUUUCAGAUGCCUUUUAAAUUACAGCCAGCAUCCAACCAGCCUAUUAAACACAUCUCCCCCCAAGGCCAAAGCCUGGCUCCAUGCUGCUAAUAUUGGUGUUAGCAACAGGCCAAAAACUUCAGCAUUGCCAGGGCUGGGCACUGGGGCUGACCAAAACUCCCUGAAAUGCAUCCCUGAGCUGCAGACUGCUCCUGACAGUCCUGAGCUCCUUGCCAGCAUCAGAGAUGACAGGGAAGGUUUUUUCCUCAGUGUUACACCCUGCACUCAGUGCAGAUGGAUGAGCCAAUUAAGAUGAUGUGGUGUCUACACAAUUGCUUCAGGAUGCAUGAAAUUCAGCUAUGAGCUCCCUCCCCACAGCAAGGCAGGAUAUUCAGGUGGCCCUGGAGAGGGCUGCAGGGUUGUCUCCAUCUUCCCAGCAACAGCCAACAAACAUGAGCUAAGCAAGGAGAGGGAAUGGGAGAAGUCAAACUGUUGGUGAGAAGAAACCUCAGCUGAAUGUAAUUACACAGCAAGGAGAUAAGAGGACAUGAUCCUGCUCAGCACUGUGGGCAUACAGCAAGCAGGCUGGGCAGCCACUGAUGACAGCUGUUAAAUGAUAAAUGCUCUCAAGCUUUGCAGGAUCUGGUUUAUUAUACAACCUGAACUUGCUUGGGAAGGGGGACCUUCUCCUGCUGUUGUUCUCUGCUGCAACAACCAGUAAGAUCAAUUAAACUUCAUAAAAAACAAGCCAUUAUCAAAGCCAUCCCUCACCAAAAAUUAAAGAAGGAGCCUGCUUGGAAAGAUGUGGCUUGAGGAGCCUUCUGGUAACACACGAGUCCCACCCUGGUGCCUUGAAAAUGUUAGAAUCCAGGUAAAUGUUCUGCCCUGUAGAAGGAACAACUGCCUGUAAACUGAAGGGAGAGUCACAGGCAGAGGGAAUCAAAUGAAAUAUGGAUUUUCCCAUCUGAAACACGUGACUCUGGCACCGUGCUGGGCUCCUUGGGGCCUGUAUUUCCUCAGGGGCAGCAGUGUUGGAGUCCCAGUGGCACUUGUUAUUUGUAGUUUCCAUUUAUUACAAAGCACUGUUAUUAUUUACAGAAUAUACUUUUUUAUGGACUGUUACUGCAUCCAAGUGCAAUAACUGGUCUAAGCUCAAAUCCCUGGGAGAACUGUUGAAAGAGAAGCAAUUCAGACACAUAUUAAUAUGACAAGGAUUUCCCCAGGUUUAAGGAAAUAAAGAAUAUGUUUUGUACAA